UCCAACUUUUAGUAUUUACAGAACGGGCCUGAAACGUUUCCGAAGAGCUUCAGAGAGUUUCGGAAACGGGGAAACUCACCCACAUAAGGUUUCCGUGCAUCCUAGGUCAAAUUAGUAAUGAUAAUCCUACGAAGAACCUACUGUGUUAGUUUAUAUGCAACAUCGUCCACUUCUCAGAUUUCCCAUUUUGCUCGAACCGGUCAAAUUAGUAAAGCUCGCAAGAUAUUCGAUGAAUUACCUUACAAAACCAUCGUUUCAUGGAACGCCAUUGUCGCCGGUUACUUCCAAAACAAGCUUCCUCAUGAGGCCCGAAUCCUGUUCGAUAAAAUGCCUGAGAGAAAUACAGUUUCUUGGAACGGAUUGAUAUCCGGGUACACUAAGAAUGGGAUGAUAAAUGAAGCGCGCAAUAUGUUUGACAGAAUGCCUGAGAGAAAUGUUGUCUCAUGGACAGUUAUGGUUCGGGGGUAUAUUCAGAAGGGAAUGAUAAAGGAAGCUGAAGUGCUGUUUUGGGAAAUGCCUGAGAAGAAUGUUGUUUCUUGGACUGUGAUGUUAAGAGGGUUGAUCGACGAUGGACAGUUCGAUGAAGCUAGGAAGGUUUAUGCUAUGAUGCCGGUGAAGGAUGUUGUUGCUAGGACUAAUAUGAUUGGUGGGUUGUGCGUGGAAGGAAGGGUAAGUGAAGCAAGAGAGAUUUUUGAUGAGAUGCCUAGUAGAAAUGUUGUUGCUUGGACUACUAUGAUUAGCGGGUAUGCAACAAAUAAUAAGGUGGAUGUGGCGAGGAAGUUGUUUGAAGUAAUGCCGGAAAAGAAUGAGGUAACUUGGACUGCAAUCUUGAUGGGUUAUACUCGAACGGGAAGGAUCGAGGAAGCUGCCGAACUUUUUGAUGCCAUGCCUGUGAAGCCUAUUCCUGCGUGUAAUGAGAUGAUUAUAGGAUUUGGACAUACUAGGGAGAUUGAGAAAGCAAGGUGGGUAUUUGAUCAAAUGAGGGAGAAGGAUGAUGGUACAUGGAGUGCAAUGAUAAAGGUGUAUGAAAGAAAAGGGUUUGAAUUGGAAGCGUUAGAUUUGUUUAGAUUGAUGCAGAGAGAUGGCGUUAGGCCAGCUUUUCCACCGAUGAUUAGCAUUCUUAUAGUUUGUGGUAGCUUGGCGAGUCUUGAUCAUGGUCGACAGGUUCAUGCGCAGUUGGUAAGGUUUCAGUUUGAUUUUGAUGUGUAUGUUUGCUCAGUUUUGAUCACAAUGUACAUCAAAUGUGGUGAUCUUUUAAGGGCAAAGAGGCUGUUUGAUAGAUUUGCCAUGAAGGAUACUGUUAUGUGGAAUUCAAUUAUUACUGGCUAUGCACAACACGGUUUAGGAAAGGAAGCUUUGCAGGUUUUCUAUGAGAUGCUCGCUUCUGCGGUUUCACCGGAUGAAAUAACCUUCGUUGGAGUUCUGACAGCUUGUAGUUAUAACGGGAAUGUCGAAAAAGGCCUUGAGAUUUUUGAGUCAAUGAAAUCUAGAUAUUUAGUGGAUAGAAGAACCGAGCAUUAUGCUUGCAUGGUCGAUCUACUUGGCCGAGCAGGAAGGCUAGACGAGGCAAUGAAUUUAAUUGAAAAAAUGCCAGUGGAAGCUGAUGCUAUUGUUUGGGGUGCUUUAUUAGGAGGAUGUAAAACACACAUGAGGUUGGAUUUGGCUGAAGUUGCAGCAAAGAAACUUCAAGAGCUUGAGCCAGGAAAUGCUGGACCUCACAUCUUGCGAUCUCAUAUUUAUGCAUCCCAAGGUAGAUGGGGGGAUGUUGCAGAGUUGAGGAAAUCCAUGAGAGAAAAAAAUGUAAUUAAAUCACCUGGUUGUAGUUGGAUCGAAGUUGAGAAGCAAGUACAUUUGUUCACUGGUGGAGAUAGCACAAGUCAUCCUGAGCAUGCAGUAAUACUGAAAAUGUUGGAGAAACUAGAUGGAUUGUUAAGAGAAACUGGAUAUUGCCCUGAUGGCACUUUUGUGCUGCAUGAUGUAGAUGAGGAAGAAAAGAUUCAGAACUUACGAUAUCACAGUGAGAAAUUGGCAGUGGCUUACGGACUUUUGAAGGUGCCCGAAGGGAUGCCUAUACGUGUCAUGAAGAACCUUCGAGUUUGUGGGGAUUGCCAUUCUGCAAUUAAAUUAAUUGCUAAAGUGACAGGAAGGGAGAUUAUUUUGAGGGAUGCCAAUAGAUUCCAUCAUUUUAAGGAUGGCUUGUGUUCUUGCGGAGAUUAUUGGUGAUUAUACUUGUUGGUGCAGUCAAGCAAAAGCUGGUCUAACAAACGACCAAGGUUAUGGAUAUAUUUCAGUAGAAAGAGGAAAUUUUUGAAUAGAAAAUUUGGGUGGCCUGCAUUUUGAAUUGGAGCUUGACCAGAGUUUUUGAUGGCCUAGCUUCUGUGGAGGCCUCUCCCUACAAGCGCAUAUAUGCAGUCAGUGCCCAAGAACUGCCCUUCUAUUCAAAACAUUUCUAUCUCAUAUGGUCUGCCAUUGAAGGAAGAAAAAUCAUCAAUGUAGAGAAUGGCAUGUCCAUUGAAUGGCCAGCCAAGCUUUGAGCCCUCUUCAUUUUUCAUUACCUGAUUGGAGUAUGGUACUAUACCUACAGACUGCAGAUACUAGAUGCGAGGAUUUGCAGUUUUAACAAAGAACUAGAGUUCUACUAUCAAUUAUACAUCUUUACGAAAUGCUUACGAGAGAGUACAACAGGUAUGCAUCAUUAAAUUUUGUUAGCAAUACAAAUUCAAAUUAUUGUCUGUGUUGCUUUGUGUGCAUUUCAAUAGAAUCUGCAUAAGUUAUCAAAUAGUUUCAUUCACUUCAGCAUCAUAUAGGAAAGUUUUCUAAUUUUCGAACUCUUUAUCAUAUAGAAUUCCAUCUGCUUUUAAAUAGCCAGUCCAUUAAAACCCGAACAGAAACAAGAAGUUAAAACAGAACUAAUAAAUCUUUGAGACAGCCUAGGAAAAUUUCAAACCUUCAAUGCCCUUUUCUAGUCCCUUGUUUGAAGAUCCUGAUCGAGCCGUAUCAGCUAACUCCAGCCCUCCAAAAUCUUGUAAUUCAAAUGCUGGAGUCCACACUUUUUUGUAUACCUUCUUUUCCUUCUUCAGUCUCUUUCGUGCUUCCAUUUCACGCAAGCUGUUUGUCGAAAAAUCACGAGCCCCUCUUAGUCUUCUAAUUAUAGCUAAGAAUUUCUCAACCCUCUCAUCACCAUCAACUAAAUCUUGUUCUUGUGCCUGCUUUUUCCCCCUCUCAUUUUCCAUAGUACAGUUCCCACCAAACCGCUAUGACUUUUAUUUUAAUUAGGUGGUAUUUUAGAUCUGAUAUGUUGCUCAAAGUUGCCAUAUCACAAGAAAUAGUUACAUCAGUGAGGACCUACAUUUGGUGUGAAGCCUUUUGAUUUGGUCCAACGAAUGUGAUUGAAGUGAAUCAAAUUAGGAUGCUUUUUCUACAAAAUAAUUCAAAGUAGCUAUGAAUAAUUGGUAGAUUAUGGUGGUAAUGGUUUUCAUUUUCAUUUCACAUUAUUCUUUCUUUCUCUUGAUUGCCUGCACAAGACGCCAUCACUGAACUAUUAAUUCAAUUUUGCACCUUUAAUGUUUGAUCUUUAUUAAAGGCCUAAUGAGAAUUUUGAACAGUAUAGGUGAAGAGACAAGUAUCUGGCAAACAUGUCCACCUUUAACGUUGCUCUGUCCCAAGAUUUAAAAGAAAAUCUGCUUUAUUUGGCUGGCUUAAAUUAUUGGGUUAUUUGCAAUAUUAAAUCCUUAAGUUUCACUUU